CUAACUUCUUAAAUUGGCCACAUUAGGUCCAAACAUGUAUCAUAUUUCAAAAUUACACUUCACAUAUAAAAAAUAUCUUUUUUACGAAUUUUUUUCGUUCCAUUUAGACAUCUAAUUUAAUUCUAUUAAUCCAUAGAGUGCAUAUUGUGUAACUACCGUCAAUGAAAUGAAACGUAAACACAUGGAUUAACCGUUGCCAAUAGUUAUGGCAGUGCUAUGGUAUGGAAUAUACAUAUCGAUCGAAACACAUCAUCUGUACGACAUCGUACGUAUACUAUUCAGUCGUUUCUCCGACUUCGGUGAGGAAACAUGAUGGCGGACGACAUUGCCGCGAUUCAGAAGAAGUUUGACAAUCUGAACGAGUAUAGCGUACAAUUCAACAAAUGGUUCUCGAAAACGAUAGGCGUAUGGCCGCUUCCAUCCUCCACCUCGAAAUUCGAAAAGAUAACGACAAAGAUUCUUAUUUUUCUCUGUUGGAUCAUCACGCUAUUCGUCACAAUAUCGAGCUUGUUACAUUUCGCUCUCGUGAAAGAAGAUAUCAUCGUAAAAUUAAAAACUCUCGCCCCUAUAAGCUACUGCUUUGGCGGAGGGCUCAAUUAUGCCGUGUUGUUGUAUCAUAAAAAUGACAUACUUUAUUGUAUAGAGCAUAUGGAAGUUGAUUGGAAGGCGAUCACAAAAACGGCAGAUCGACAAGUGAUGUUUAAAAAUGCAAAAAUUGGUCGCAUCAUUUCCGCUUCUAUCGCAGCUUUCGUACAAAUUAGUGCUGUUUGUUUUUGCACUGUAUUGGGAGUUUUCAAACGGACAAUCAAAAUCGGCAACGAAAGCAUGGAAAUACACGUCUUACCCUCUCCAACCUAUAAAAUUCCGGUUGAUACUAAUCCAGGAUACGGUAUUGUCCUUGGUUUGCAAUAUAUCACAGCAUACAUUAUGAGUGCCACCGUUGUUAUCGCAUUCAGUCUUGCUACAGUAUUCGCAUGUCACACUGUUGGUCAGUUAACUAUAAUGGUUACAUGGAUCGAAGAAUUUAUAAACCAACCGCAAGAAGAAAAUAAGAAUGUACGCAUUGAUGAAAUAAGUGUGAUCAUCCAACAUCAUAUGAGAAUUCUAAGUUUCUUAGAACGUGCUGAACAUCUAUUGAGCCCAAUAUGCUUCAUGGAAAUGUUCAAGAAUAUAUUGAGUAUAUGCAUGUUUAGCUAUUGCAUUCUUGCGGAAUGGUCUGAACAUGAUAUUACGAUCCUCAGUACAUAUAUUUUUAAUGUAAUGAAUUUAACUUUUAGCACGUUUUUAAUAUGUUAUAUCGGUGAAGUAUUAACUGAGAGAUGUAAAGAAGUUGGUAACAUGGUCUAUAUGACAAAUUGGUAUCAAUUACAUAAUAAAGAUAUUCUUAAUUUGAUUAUGAUUAUUGCACGAUCUAGUGUGGAAUAUAAAAUGACUGCCGGGAAGAUAAUGGAUAUGUCAGUGAUCACAUUCGGUAAUAUAAUAAAAACUGUUUUUGCGUAUUUAAAUAUAUUACGCCAAACAACAAUGUCCUAAAUUGCACACGUAUUGAGCAUGUAAAAAAAUAUGUAUCGAUUAUAUAUUCAUAAAUAAACAUUAAAUAUUAUUAAUUACAUUCGAGUAAAUUUGAA